AUGAUCAAGGCUUAGUUAUCGAAAAACAGGCUAACCGUGCACUGACUACGUGCUCCCAAAGAGCUUCAGUCUCUCGUUGGAAAGGUGAACUUGCACGCAUCAGCCCGCGUAUAUAAAUAUUUUAUCUGUAUUGAGUCUACGAUUAGCGAAUUUUCUCGACGUAUACAAAAUCGAGGGGCUGCGAGGAAUUGCGCAAAGCACUCUGAAAAUUGCUUGGAACAACCUUCGCAAAGCUGGUCGCAAAUAGGUUUAUUUUUUUUUAUAAUUUCCAUUGAAACUUUCCAAGAAAAAGUGUGAAUUAUGUCAAACGGACCGAUCAUAACUUCGCGUGAACGAUGGAACGUCAGGGCAUCAAACAUCGCGAAGAGAACUCACAAUCCCAUAAGAUCAAUCGUCGAGAAUAUCGUCGUUGAACCGAACCCCGACAAGCAAAUGAUCGCUCUCUCGAUCGGUGACCCUACAACUUUUGGAAAUCUCAAACCUGCGAAGGAAGUUAUUGACGCUAUUCAAGAAAGUGUUACUACUCAGCUUUAUAACGGUUAUGCACCAAGCACAGGAUACGAAAAAGCUCGAGCGGCAGUCGCUAAAUAUAGUUCCAACGAACUCGUCACGGUUGAAUCCAAGGAUGUCAUACUAUGCAGCGGAUGCUCGUGUGCUCUCGAUCUCUGCAUAACUGCACUCGCAGGAGAGGGUCAGAAUAUUUUAAUCCCCCGACCAGGUUUUUCGAUCUACAAAACGCUUGCCGAAGGCCUUGGGAUUGGAGUCAAAUCGUACAAUCUCUUGCCGGAGUUAGGCUGGCAGAUAGAUUUGGAGGAUCUCCAGUCCCAGAUAGACGAUAGAACCGCUGCGAUCGUAAUCAACAAUCCCUCGAAUCCUUGUGGUUCGGUUUUCACUCGUCAGCAUCUUUUGGAUAUUCUUGAAAUAGCGGCACGUUUUCACGUGCCGAUUAUCGCCGACGAGAUAUACGAGCACAUGGUAUUCCCCGGCAAAACAUACUACUCAUUAGCGUCUCUAUCGAGCGAAGUUCCUAUACUGUCGUGCAGCGGUCUGACCAAGAGAUUUUUAGUGCCAGGAUGGCGAAUGGGUUGGAUCAUUAUCCACGACCGUCAGGGCAUUUUGGAGGAGGUUCGGAAAGGGUUGAACUGUCUCAGUCAAAGAAUCAUUGGAAGCAACACAAUUGUACAGGGAGCUUUGCCCAGUAUUCUCGAAAAGACGCCACAAAAAUUUUAUGAUGACAUCCUGCGAACGCUCUACAAUCACGCAAAACUGUGCUACCGUCAUCUCGUGAAAAUUCCUGGAUUGAAACCAAUAAUGCCUGAUGGAGCAAUGUACAUGAUGGUGCACAUAGAUUUAAGCAGUUAUCCAGAGUUCAGCACCGAGGUGGAAUUCGUUCGAAGGUUGCUGAUGGAAGAGUCCGUAUUUUGUCUGCCAGGCGAGUGCUUCGAUUUUCCUUCGUACAUGAGACUGGUCAUUACUAUUCCGGUGGAUAUGCUCGAAGAGGCCUGUCACAGGAUUCAGGAAUUCUGCAUGAGACAUCACUGCAAGACCUCAUCGGAAAUAAUCAAGAAUUCAUUAGAAGCCGUCGAAAUUUCUUAUUAAUCGAUCUAUCAGACUGCAUCGCAAACGUGAAUUUGAUUUGUAAAUAAUAGCUUUAAUCGAUAUAUCGUUAUAGAAAAGCGUUAAGACGUCAAAAAUACGCGGAGUAGAUUAUGAUAACGAGAUGUUAAAAACCUAACUCAGGGAGUGAGACUGAAGAGGAAAUAUUGGAAAUGUUCAUACUGUACAAAGAGAAAAAAAAAGACGAAGCAAGAUAGGGAGUAAAGGAAAGAACGAUUGUAUAACAAAGAAAAACAAACGAGAAUGUAAAAGAAAUGAACUACUGAAUAAAUAUCCGGCCUUUUUUACCGAAAA